UCAUUUUAAGGGAGUGUGGGGGGGGGGGAUAAAUAUAAAUAUUUUGUGUAUUGGUUAGUGUAAUCUAAAUUUCAAAUUUUAGUAUAUUGUAUUUUCUCUUUGAAAUCAAAUAAAUAUUUUGAUUUUAGUUCUCUUACUGUUAUAAUUGUGAUUCUCAAGUAUGACUUCAAGGAAAAAAGUUUUGCUGAAAGUUAUUAUUCUUGGAGAUUCUGGUGUUGGAAAAACUUCCCUCAUGAAUAUGUACGUGAACAAGCGUUUUAGUAAUCAAUAUAAAGCCACUAUUGGUGCUGAUUUCUUGACUCGUGAGUUGGUAGUGCAAGAUCGACUUGUAACAAUGCAAAUCUGGGAUACAGCUGGUCAAGAAAGAUUCCAGUCUUUGGGUGUUGCAUUUUACCGAGGUGCUGACUGUUGUGUUUUAGUCUAUGAUGUGACCAGUCCUAACUCUUUUAAAUCACUUGACAGUUGGCGAGAUGAAUUUCUUAUUCAGUCAGGGCCAAGGAAUCCUGAUGAUUUUCCAUUUGUAGUAAUUGGAAAUAAAAUUGAUUUGGAAAACCGAGCUAUUUCUACAAAAAGGGGACAAGGCUGGUGCCAAAGUAAAAACAAUAUUCCAUUUUACGAAACCAGUGCUAAAGAGUCUAUAAAUGUUGAACAAGCAUUCCAGGCUGUUGCCAUGAGUGCUUUGACACAAGAACAAGAUGCAGAAUUAUUCAAUGACUUUCCCGAUCAAAUAAAAUUAAGCAAUAAUGAAAAGCAGUCCAGGUCUGAUAGCUGUGCUUGCUAAUAUUAUCUAUUUUUGGGUAAGAAAUUUAAUAUAUAUCUAGAAAGUGAUUAACUCAAUCCUGUUGUUACAUGCUAAGAAAAAAACAAAAGUGCAUUUAACUAUGCAGAUAAAAGGUUUGUUUUUAAGAGAACUUUUGACUUAUCUCGCAGCUUUUAAAUUAUCCAAAGGAGGGAAAAAGCUGCAGAGUGUAAAUUUUGUAUAGAAGAAUAUGUUGUAAACAAUUAUAUAUGUUAUAUACAUAUUGCAUAAUAUUGAUAGAAUCUUUUAAUUUGUUGUGGAAAGUUAUCUCAUUUUUACAUUAUUUGAGCUUGUGCAUCGUCUUGACUUUUUAAAACUAUCUUCUUUUUUUUUUACUGCAAUAAUUGUUAUCACAUUUACUUUAAUGUAUGAUUAAAAGUGCAACAAUUGAAAUUUUAUUUUUAUUUAAAUGUAUGUUUUAUAAAAUAAAUUUUGAAAUAAAAAGUUUUUUAACUCUC